AACCUUCCCUUUCUCCACUCUUCACCUCUUCUUCCUCUCUUCCUCCUCCAUUUCCUUCCUACCUUCACUCCAAACACAUUUCUGCUAAAUUUGACGAGACUACCAGAGUUAUGGGUAACGCCGAUUACAUGUACCAGUCUACGACGACGAACGACGUGGGCUGCGCACAUCGCGUGGAAAUCCCACCUUCACAACCCUUCUUCAAGUCCCUCAAGGGUAACCUAAAGGAGACCUUCUUCCCGGAUGACCCACUUCGGCAGUUCAAGAACCAGCCAUCAGCUAGGAAGUUUGUCUUAGCUUUACAAUACUUUCUACCCAUCUUAGAAUGGGCUCCUCGUUAUAGUUUCCACUUCUUUAAAGCCGACCUUAUUGCUGGUAUCACUAUUGCAAGCCUUGCCAUCCCUCAGGGUAUCAGUUAUGCCAAGCUAGCCAAUCUCCCUCCCAUCCUUGGGCUAUAUUCCAGCUUUGUACCACCUUUGGUAUAUGCCAUGAUGGGUAGUUCGAGAGAUUUGGCGGUUGGGACUGUGGCGGUUGCUUCGCUGUUGACGGCGUCGAUGCUGGGGAAAGAAGUGAAUGCGAAUGUGCAACCGGAGCUGUAUCUUCACUUAGCUUUCACUGCUACAUUCUUUGCCGGAGUUUUCCAAGCUGCUUUGGGAUUCUUAAGACUUGGGUUUAUUGUGGAUUUUCUAUCACAUGCAACCAUAGUAGGGUUCAUGGCCGGAGCAGCUACAGUUGUGUGUCUGCAACAGCUGAAAGGGAUCCUAGGUUUGGAACACUUCACUCACGGGACUGAUCUUGUCUCUGUUCUGCGUUCCAUCUUCACCCAAACACAUCAGUGGAGAUGGGAAAGCGGUGUAUUGGGCUGUGUGUUCCUCUUCUUUCUCAUCCUCACCAAAUACUUUAGUAAGAGACGACCAAAGUUCUUCUGGAUAGCAGCCAUGGCACCAUUGACAUCUGUGAUUCUUGGAAGCCUCCUUGUGUAUCUCACCCAAGCUGAGAAACAUGGCGUUCAAGUGAUUGGACACUUGAAGAAAGGCUUGAACCCACCAUCUUUGACCUCUUUGGAAUUAGGUCCAGAGCAUCUGAUGCUAGCCAUUAAAGUUGGAAUCAUCACUGGUGUCAUCGCUCUCGCCGAAGGGAUUGCGGUCGGGAGGAGUUUCGCCAUGUUUAAGAACUACCAUAUUGAUGGCAACAAAGAGAUGAUCGCCUUUGGGAUGAUGAACAUCGCUGGCUCUUUCACUUCUUGCUACUUGACCACAGGUCCAUUUUCGCGAUCGGCGGUGAACUUCAAUGCUGGAUGCAAGACUGCAGUCUCAAACAUUGUGAUGGCAACUGCAGUGAUGAUAACAUUGUUGUUUCUAACAUCAUUUUUUUACUACACUCCCAUUGUCGUGCUUGCUUCCAUAAUCAUCGCUGCAAUGCUUGGUUUGAUUGAUUAUGAAGCCGCUCUCCAUCUCUGGAAGGUCGACAAAUUCGACUUUGUUGUAUGCAUGAGUGCAUACGUCGGUGUGGUCUUUGGCAGUGUUGAGAUUGGCUUAGUCAUAGCGGUUGCAAUAUCUAUGAUUAGGGUUCUUUUGUUCAUAGCAAGGCCAAGAACAUUAGUCCUUGGCAACAUCCCCAACUCCAUGAUAUAUCGAAACAUCGAUCAAUACCCAGUUGCUAACAGUGUUCCUGGAGUUCUUAUACUUCAAAUUGAUGCUCCUAUCUACUUUGCUAACUCAAGCUACUUGAGAGAAAGGAUCUCAAGAUGGAUCGACGAGGAGGAAGACAGGGUAAAGACAUCAAUAGAGAACAGUUUACAGUAUGUCAUACUCGACAUGGGACCCGUAGGUAGCAUUGACACAAGUGGGAUUAGUAUGCUUGAAGAAGUUAAGAAGAAUAUGGACAGAAGGGGUCUUAAGAUGGUGUUGGCCAACCCUGGAAGUGAGGUGAUGAAGAAGCUAGACAAAUCCAAGUUCUUAGAGAACUUGGGACAAGAGUGGAUCUAUCUAACAGUAGGAGAGGCAGUGGGAGGUUGUAACUUCAUGCUUCAUACCUGCAAGUCAGGCCCUGUGCCACUCGAAACAGCCCAUGUCAAUAAUGUCUGAGACUCUGAGCCAAUGCUAAUUUUGAAUUGGCCGGUCCUACUACGUCCACUUGGCAAGCAUAAUCAGCAAAUCCAACCAAUGAGGGCAUGACGUGUCACAUAUCACCGAAUUAAGCCUCUUCUUUUUCUUUUUCCUUUUUUUUUUGUUUUGUUUUGGGGAGGGGCUUAGGGGUGGGUUAAAAUAUUAAAUUAAGCCUCACCUCAAGUCAAAUCUAAAGGUUUCCCUCUUCUGACAUUUUGUAACUUUGAAGACAAUGGCUAUUAGGAUGUAAUACCGAAAAUUUUAUAACAAAGUUAUUCUUUCUGCUUGUCUAUCCAAGAUGGAGAAAGCAACAGAGAGCAUAGCAUGGUCAUUUUGAUA